CACGCGGGGCGCAGAGGACGCAGGAGGAGAAGCGGGACGCACCGCGGAGGAGAGCGAAAAGACGGAGGGAGGAAGCGACAGCGGGUCGUAAACACGACACAAAACGGCAAACAGCAGCGAUCGUACCUCCCCUCUCUCACCCUGCGCGUCCCUCAUCUCUCCAUUUCCAUCCUCCCUGCGCCGUUUGGCUCAGCGCGCUGCGCAACCGACGCGACUCGGUGCGCCUUCCUCGGUUUAUAGCCGUUCUGUUGGUGCGGUAAACGGGAGAGGAGGCCGGCGGGGAGCAUCCGAUCCGGAGGGCGGGGAGGCGAGAGAACGCACCUCCAGCAUCACCAAUGCGAUGGCACAGAGCUCCGUGCGGCCAAACUAGAGGCGCAGACUGUCACCAGCAGGGCUCUCAUCCACCAUGAACCUCUGAAAGACAACCGACACGGGCACAGAUGGGAUAACAAUGCGGCGGCACAGGGUGUUCUUGCUGUGCACGGUGGGCUUGUGCGUCAUCUCCUUCCUCCAUUAUUACAAGGCCCUCCACUACGUCUCCCUGCUGCGCGAGCUCUCCGCCCCGUACCCCAACAUAAAGUCCUUCAUCAUGGUCACCGGCUUCUUCUGGAGGGAGAAGGGCGUGGCCACCACCCCACUUAGCCCCGCCUCGCCUGAAGAGGCCCCUCCUCUGCCGAUUCUGCGCCCAUCAGACACCAAAAGUAGAGGUGGGCCAGGGGCAGCAGGAGGACUGGGUCUGCGGAUUGAGGGGUUCAUGGUGGACAGAGAUGGAGUAGUUGGUGGCAACGGGCUGGAGAUGAAGCUGCGGGAGGAGCUGGCAGUUCCACACCCAUGGGAGAAACCAGAGGAGAGCCAGCGAGGACACAAAAUGAAUGAGGAGCAAUCUGAAGAUUUGAUGAAUGGUAAAGUCGUUCGCCAACCUCAACCUGGUGGGCCAGACCUGCCAGCAGCCGAGAAACGGCACACUGGGGUUUCCCUCAGGAAGACUUUGCCGGACCCCUUAGAAUCCAUAGGAGACCUCCAUACGCGUACUCACCAGCUUCAGGAUGAUAAAACACCAUAUUUCAUCCGAACCAAAGCUGGAGCCCUCUGUUUCAGGGAGGGGACUGAGAUGGCAAGCCCAAAGGAGUACUCUGGGAAAACAGGGGGUUCUCUGGCCAAUGGAGGUGGGGAAGGUGCUUGGGUUGGGGCUGCUGGCCGCCGGAAACCUCUGGAAGUUCAGCAGCAGUCCUCUUCCGCCAUCCCUCCAAAAGCCAAACCAAGAACCAGGGGUGCCGGGAAACGGUUGGUCAAGUGUGUGUGCCGGCCAGGAUGGCAUGGGCCUUACUGUGGGGUACCCACCAUGGUGUACCACUCCAAUCUGCCCACCAAAGAGCGACUGACACCCAGAGAGACCCCACGGAGAGUAAUCAAUGCCAUCAACAUUAACCACGAGUUUGACCUGCUGCACGCACGCUUUCAUGAGCUGGCCCAGGCCGUCGAUCUGUUCCUCAUUUGUGAAUCCAACUUUACUGCCUAUGGAGACAAACGACCUCUAAGUUUCCUGCGUCUCCUCCUCAAUGGUACGUACAACUACAUACGUCACAAGAUCCUGUAUGUGUUCCUCAACCAUUUCCCAGAUGGUGGGAGGCAGGACGGCUGGAUCGCUGACGACUAUUUGCGCACUUUCCUAACUCGCAACGGCAUGUCCAGAGUGGUGGGCGCCAGGGCGGACGACAUCUUUGUCAUCAACGAUGCCGAUGAAAUCCCAGCGCACGAAGGACUCUUGUUCCUCAAGCUGUUUGACGGCUGGACUGAACCCUUUGCUAUCCACAUGCGCAAGUCACUGUAUGGAUUUUUCUGGAAGCAGUUUGGCUCUCUGGAGGUGGUGUCGGGCUGCACAGUGGGGAUGCUCCGCGACGUCUAUGACAACGAUGGUAUUAGACUUCGCCGUCGUGAAUAUUACACUAUGCCAGGUUUUCGAAAAUACGAGAACGACACAGGGCACAUCCUGGUGCAGUGGUCGGUGGGCAGUCCCUUCCACUUCGCCGGGUGGCACUGCUCCUGGUGCUUCACGCCCGAGGGGAUCUACUUUAAGCUGGUGUCAGCACAGAAUGGAGACUUCCCGCGCUGGGGCGACUAUGAGGACAAGCGAGACCUCAACUACAUCCGCGAUCUGAUCCGGACGGGGGGCUGGUUCGACGGCUCGCUGCAGGAAUAUCCCCCUGUGGACCCCAAAGAGCACAUGUACGCACCCAAGUACAUGUUGGAGAACUAUGACAGGUAUCACUACCUCCUGGAGAACCCUUACAACAAAGCAUCCAGACUGACAGGGGGCUAGCAGGUCAGAGAGGACAAUGUGCGAAACAAUUUGUCAGCCAACGUGAGGCCUCAGCACUGAGUUUAAGGUGGCUGGUGGGCAGAAUGGAACUGAUGAACCAUCUUUCUCUUUGGAGAGAUAUGUAUGAGUAUCUCCUCCAGGCAGCACUGAUGUUGCAGGGAUUUAAAACCGCUUAAAAAUCAUUUAAAAUGGGAACACUGAAUCACAUCCACUUUGGAUUUAUGGCGAGUGCGUGGAUAGGAUGCAACCACUGGAUAAAGCAAUUACAGAUGUCCUCAUGCUUUCCAUUUCUCGGGGAGGAGCUAAGCUAUCCCCUUAUUUUCUUACCCCACCCAUCCUCCUUUUCUUGCCGUUGAGCUGCUUUGAUAUGCCUGCUGACCGGAGAGGGCGCCGCUGUGAUGCAGAAACAAUUAAGCAAGAAAUAUUUUUGUUUGUGGAUGAACCGGCUGAUGUCCCCUCUCCACUGUCUUCCGUUCAUACUUGGUGACCUCAUUCCAAGACGACAGUCACAGUUACAACAGACGUUCAGAUGUUAGUUUUCUUGGGUGUUUCUUGGGUGAAAAUUUUCCUAUUUAAAUCUUUUUUGUGUGUGUGUGUGUGUGUGUGUGUGUGUGGGCGUGGGUACCUGUCACCAAACACAAAGUUUAGAUGCUUCAUGUGCUUCAAUCAUAAACAUGCACCUUAGACCUUC